CGUGGAUACCAACCCAGAUAGAGAUGAUAAAUUGUAAAUUGAUCUUACGUUUCUUGACAACGACAUAUACAUUGAUCUUACCCCAUAAACGGACGUACAAACAUCACAUGAUAAUAGAUGAAGAACAAACUUUGAUGGAAAUCCUGGACACAGCAAGGCAGACCCAUCAGGAGGAGACAACUCAACACGAGGGCAACUUCCGCUGGGCAGAUGGCUACAUCCUUGUGUACGCUAUCAAUGACCGGCAGAGUUUUCUGGCAGUGGGGGAGCUCAAGCAGCAGCUGGACACGAUCAAGAAAACCAGCAUUCAAUGUCUGUUGGUUGGAAACAAGGCUGACCUGCUGCAUGAGCGACGAGUGGCAACAGAAGAGGGCGAGGCUCUGGCUCAGGAGCUGUGUUGUGGGUUUUUUGAAACAUCUGCCAGGGAUGGUGGCCAAGAAAUAUCUGAAAUCUUUUACGAACUUCACCGAGAUAUAAGACGGCGAAAAAUGAUGGAGUCCAAGGGUAGACGGCGAUCAUCAGCCCAACAAGUGAAACAUGUUUUUAAUAGAAUGUUGAACAGGAUUGGCAGUACUUCGUGA